UCAGGGCGACGUGGCGGGCGGGAGUACGGAAGCCGCUGGGAGAGGCUGCUCUCACCGCUAGUCUGAGCAUCUCCCUGCUGCGUGGAGCUUCCGCUGGCACCAUGUUGAAGAAAUUCGACAAGAAGGACGAGGAGUCGGGUGGAGGCUCCAACCCCCUCCAGCACCUGGAGAAGAGUGCAGUACUCCAAGAGGCUCGGGUCUUUAAUGAAACUCCUAUCAACCCUCGGAAAUGUGCCCACAUCCUCACCAAGAUCCUUUACCUCAUAAACCAGGGGGAGCACCUGGGGACCACAGAAGCAACCGAGGCUUUCUUUGCCAUGACCAAGCUCUUUCAGUCCAAUGAUCCCACACUCCGCCGCAUGUGCUACCUGACCAUCAAGGAGAUGUCUUGCAUUGCAGAGGAUGUCAUCAUUGUUACCAGCAGCCUGACAAAAGACAUGACUGGGAAAGAAGAUAAUUACCGUGGUCCUGCUGUGCGAGCCCUCUGCCAGAUCACUGACAGCACCAUGCUGCAGGCUGUGGAGCGCUACAUGAAACAAGCGAUUGUGGACAAGGUACCCAGUGUCUCCAGCUCUGCCCUCGUGUCUUCCCUGCAUCUGCUGAAAUGCAGCUUUGAUGUGGUCAAGCGCUGGGUGAACGAAGCCCAGGAGGCGGCGUCCAGUGAUAACAUCAUGGUACAGUACCAUGCACUAGGACUUCUGUACCAUGUGCGGAAGAACGACCGUCUGGCCGUGAGUAAGAUGAUCAGUAAGUUCACCCGGCACGGCCUGAAGUCCCCCUUUGCCUACUGCAUGAUGAUCCGAGUGGCCAGCAAGCAACUGGAGGAAGAGGAUGGCAGCCGUGAUAGCCCGCUGUUUGACUUCAUCGAGAGCUGUCUGCGUAACAAGCAUGAGAUGGUGGUGUAUGAAGCUGCCUCAGCCAUCGUCAACCUGCCCGGUUGCAGUGCCAAAGAGCUGGCCCCCGCCGUGUCAGUGCUCCAGCUUUUCUGUAGCUCGCCCAAGGCCGCUCUUCGCUAUGCGGCUGUCCGCACCCUCAAUAAGGUGGCCAUGAAGCACCCAUCGGCAGUGACCGCCUGCAAUCUGGAUCUGGAAAACCUGGUCACAGACUCAAACCGGAGCAUCGCCACAUUGGCCAUCACCACCCUCCUCAAGACGGGGAGUGAGAGCAGCAUUGACCGCCUCAUGAAGCAGAUCUCUUCCUUCAUGUCGGAGAUCUCAGAUGAGUUCAAGGUGGUGGUUGUCCAGGCCAUCAGUGCCCUGUGCCAGAAGUAUCCUCGAAAACAUGCCGUGCUCAUGAACUUCCUGUUCACCAUGCUAAGGGAAGAGGGUGGCUUUGAGUAUAAGCGUGCCAUCGUGGACUGCAUCAUCAGCAUCAUUGAGGAGAACUCAGAGAGCAAGGAGACGGGACUGUCCCACCUGUGCGAGUUCAUUGAGGACUGCGAGUUCACCGUGCUGGCAACCCGGAUCCUGCAUUUGUUGGGCCAGGAGGGGCCCAAAACCAACAACCCCUCCAAGUACAUUCGCUUUAUCUAUAACCGCGUGGUCUUAGAGCAUGAAGAAGUUCGGGCAGGUGCAGUUAGUGCCCUGGCCAAGUUCGGAGCCCAGAAUGAAGAGAUGUUACCUAGUAUCUUGGUGUUGCUGAAAAGGUGUGUGAUGGAUGACGACAAUGAAGUGAGAGACAGAGCUACCUUCUAUCUGAAUGUCCUGGAGCAGAAGCAGAAGGCCCUCAAUGCAGGUUAUAUACUAAAUGGUCUGACCGUGUCUAUCCCUGGUCUGGAGAGAGCCCUGCAGCAGUAUACACUGGAACCAUCAGAAAAGCCAUUUGACCUCAAGUCUGUGCCUCUGGCCACCACCCCUAUGGCAGAGCAGAGACCAGAAAGUACUGCCACCGCCACAGUCAAACAGCCAGAGAAAGUGGCAGCCACUCGGCAGGAGAUUUUCCAGGAGCAGUUAGCAGCGGUGCCUGAGUUUCAGGGCCUGGGACCCCUCUUCAAGUCUUCACCUGAACCAGUGGCCCUCACCGAGUCAGAGACUGAGUAUGUCAUCCGUUGCACCAAACACACCUUCUCUGAUCACUUGGUGUUCCAGUUUGACUGCACAAACACCCUCAAUGACCAGACCCUGGAGAAUGUCACAGUGCAGAUGGAGCCCACUGAGGCAUAUGAAGUACUCUCCUAUGUGCCUGCCCGGAGCUUGCCCUACAACCAGCCUGGGACCUGCUACACACUAGUGGCUCUGCCCAAGGAAGACCCUACAGCUGUGGCAUGCACAUUCAGCUGUGUGAUGAAGUUCACCGUUAAGGACUGUGACCCCAACACUGGAGAGAUUGAUGAAGAAGGCUAUGAGGAUGAAUAUGUGCUGGAGGAUCUAGAAGUUACUGUGGCUGAUCACAUCCAGAAAGUCAUGAAAGUGAACUUUGAAGCAGCCUGGGAUGAGGUCGGGGAUGAGUUUGAGAAGGAGGAAACAUUCACCCUGUCUACCAUCAAGACACUUGAAGAGGCUGUGGGCAAUAUUGUGAAGUUCUUGGGAAUGCAUCCUUGUGAGAGGUCAGAUAAAGUACCAGAAAACAAGAAUACUCACACGCUGCUGCUAGCUGGUGUGUUCCGGGGCGGUCAUGACAUCCUUGUGCGCUCUCGACUUCUGCUUUUGGACACAGUGACAAUGCAGGUGACAGCCAGAAGCUCCGAGGAGCUGCCGGUAGACAUCAUCUUGGCAUCAGUGGGCUAAGGUCCAGGCUACCUAGGCCCUACUCCUACCUUUUCCAACACUACGUUGAAGUAGCUUCUUCCCUGUGAAGCCAGUGGAAACCCUUCCCCGAACCUCUGUAUUCAGAAACAAUCACAAAUCAAUACAGAUUUUUUUUUUAAUUCCAUCCUAUCACCCAGGAAUGCUAGGGUAGAUUUUUUUUCACCCUACCUGCAAGGAGACAUCACAAAUGAAUAAAAUGUUCAGACUUUCUCGAAUAUUUAUCCCCAGAAAAACUGUCUUAUCCCUGUAAUAAGUCAGCGUGUAUUUCUUAGAACUGCUUCUGCUGCAGGCUUGUGCUCAGGGCCUCCACUCUCCCCGAGGCCUCCUUCACCAAGCGGAGCAUGCGGGCACCCCUUGGGGCUGUGCCAGUGCCAAGCUUAGGAUGGGGAUAAAGGCUAGCCGAGUGACGACAGCUAGCAGGUCUGAUGAGCCACUCCUCUGUAGGCAUUUAUAGAUGGAUGGGUCUCCACAGGGCUGAGGUCCUUCGCCAGGGUGUUACCUGAUGAGCUCUGGAUUGGGGGGUGUUCGGAGUGUCUGCUCUGGGUCAGUCUGUGAGUGGGAAGAACAGUCUCUGUAUUCUCUUUUGACUGGAGUAAAAUCUUGGGGUAUGCCCCAAGGGUCGUGGGCUUUAAACUCAAAUCAGGUGGUUUUAAACCAUUGGAAACAGCAGUAGAACUUUUUUAAGUAGUGGACCUCCUCUGGGAGCUACUGAGAUGGCUCGGCAGGGAAAGGCACUUGCCAAGACUUGACUACCCUGUGGUGGAAGGAGAAAACCAUUUCCCACAAGUUGUCCUCCGAUCUCAUGCGCACCUUGUAUGCAGUAUGCCCAUGCACAUAGACAUGCGCAUGUUAGAACAUAGGCCUGCACCUUUAGGCCGAAUCCCAUAACAUGAAGAGAUCAGGCCACACCUGAGCAUAGUUAAGACGAUGUCUGUGCUGUGGACUAAUGAUUUAUGGUCGUGGCUCCUCCGUGUGAUUGGUUGUGAUGAACUGAAUCACGUGAUGUGAAAGUUCCUGUCACCCUUAAAGGGUUACAAAGAGCCAGAUUUUCUCAUUUGUUUGGGGGAAUCUGCUCAUGGAGGUGCUCUGAAGGCUGCUCCCUGAAGACAUUCCUUGUCCCCAACCUCCUCCAUCCCUCUCCCAGGGACGCCUUGGAGCCGCUGCUCUAGCCUGCCCCCCUCGCCCCACUUCCUUCCAGCCCUUAGUGGAGGGCCUCUCCAGGCUUUAAAGAAAAGCCUGUCCUUCCCUUUAAUGCCCGCUCUUGCUUAGACCUCCAUAAUUGUAUUCUUUCUGCCUAAUACCUUCCCCUCCCACCCCCUGGCCUGAUCACAACCUGGAGGCCAUUCCAUUCUAAUAAACCUCACUGAAGGAAA